AUGGUGGGGGGAGGCGCGGCCUUUCUCACCCACACCCCGCUCCCCAGACGGGCUAAACCCUGCUCUGCCUCGCUGCGGACUUUCCUCCUCUCACUGCCGGAGCGCUCUCGGUUUAACAGGAGUCCGCUUAAGGCGGAAGAAGAAGAGCGGCGUUGCUAUGGCGACUGCGCUGUGUACGUCAUCUUCGGGCGCCGGAAGUGUACCGCGGCGAAGCGGAGUGUUCUCUCUUCGCUGGCGGUUUACGCUGAGGAUUCGGACCCGGAGUCGGAUAGCGAGGCCGGGACGGCGGGAAGCGAUGGGGGAGCCGCUACGGGAGAGAAAGGAGGCCUGGUGUCGGUUGGGUACGGAGAUGACGACUUCACCCGCUUGGAUGGGGAUGAGGAUGGGUAUGAAGAAGAGGAUGAUGAGAACAGCAGACAGUCAGAAGAUGACGAUUCAGAGACUGAAAAACCUGAGGCUGGUGACCUAAAGGAAUUCUCAGAACUGGAGAAAAGAGAUCCUCAGGAGCUAGUUGCUUCUUUUUCAGAGAGAGUGCGGAACAUGUCUCCAGAUGAGAUCAAAAUCCCUCCUGAGCCUCCUGGCAGAUGUUCUAACCACUUGCAGGAUAAAAUUCAAAAGCUAUAUGAGAGGAAAAUAAAAGAGGGCAUGGAUAUGAACUACAUCAUUCAGAGGAAAAAGGAGUUUCGCAACCCCAGCAUCUAUGAAAAGCUGAUCCAGUUUUGUUCAAUUGAUGAACUCGGUACAAAUUAUCCAAAGGACAUGUUUGAUCCUCAUGGCUGGUCAGAGGAUUCAUAUUAUGAGGCACUAGCAAAAGCCCAGAAGAUUGAAAUGGACAAAUUGGAGAAGGCCAAGAAGGAACGCACAAAGAUUGAGUUUGUGACUGGCACUAAAAAGGGUACCACCACAAGUGCUGCUUCUACAACAACCACAACAGCCAGUACCACUGUGGGAGAUGCCCAGAAGAGGAAGAGCAAGUGGGACUCGGCCAUCCCUGUAACAACGAUAGCUCAGCCCACCAUCCUUACCACUACUGCAACACUGCCAGGUGUUGUCACAGUGACAACCAGCGCAAGUGGAUCCAAAACUACAGUCAUAUCGGCUGUUGGCACCAUUGUGAAAAAGGCAAAGCAGUGACUGGUGUGCUGAGCCUGAAUUUUUGGACUUAAUUGUCAUUGAAGCCAUUGUUCUCGGAAGGGAGGGGUAGCUUUUGCCUUUGGUAAAAGAUGACAAGAUUCUUUGAAACAGACCACAGUUCCCUUUUGAAAGAAUGGGGCAGGAACCGGCAUGCCAGCUGUGUGGCCACAGGAAUGGACCUCUGCCGAAAAUGCCUCU